AUGGAAGACCAAUCACCUGACCAUAUAUCAGUCGGUUCAGUGCUAAAAAAGUCUAGUACUUCCUCACGAGGUCGACACCGUAAUUUCUCAUCAUCAACAUGCAAAGAUUUUCUCCGGAAGUUUGUGGACAGUGAACUUUUAACUUCAAGCCUUGAGGAUUGGUUCUCUGGUCACAGUGAAGAUUGUGGUUUCAGGAAGCCAGCUUUUGAUGUUCCUUUCGACCUUACUGAAUUACAGAAUUUUGACUAUGCUCUGGAGGGUGUUACUUUUCAGCAGCUAGUAAGGAUGCCAAAUGCUCUAUAUGCGUCAACAUCAGAUGUUUUUGAAGCUACUGCAUAUCUUGUGUCAUGUGGGGCAGAGUGCAUUAAAGGAUUGUGGGAAACUUUCUGGGGCCCUGAUGAGGCAAUACCUUCCUCAGUUGCCUGUAUACACAGCUCAAGUUCCAAGUUUUAUCCUGCUGAGAAGGCUAUUAGCAGUGGAAAACUUGAUGGUGUUUGUGCUACUUCGGUACUGCUGAAGAAUUUGAAGCAUUCACAAGGAAGAUCCUCCACUGUUCUUCGCAAUUCAGAUUGUAUUUACUUGCUUCUUGUUUAUUCACAGUUUGGAAGAGUGGUAAAGGUCCAAGGAGAUUUGAACAAACUGGAUUUUGAUCUGAACAAUGUUUAUUACUGUGCUGCUGAAUGGAUAAAGAAACAUGCCGAGAUUUCAGUUUCUUCUAUAGAUCGAGUAUGGAACAAACUUGGGAAUGCUAACUGGGGAGACAUUGGGACCCUUCAAGUUCUCAUGGCUAUAUUCCUCUCAAUGAUCCAAUUUUAUGGAGAACCUAAGUAUUCUCUUGAUGAACUUGCCACAGAACAUAGUUCAAGACUACAAAGUCGAAGAUCAGAAAGACAUUUUGUUGACAGACAAGCUAAUGGUCAUGGUUUAUUUCAGUUCCAACAGCCAAGUCAUUCUCCUGAAAUUGUCGAAGUACCGGAGGAACCAGCUGUUGAUGUGAAACCACAGGAAACCUUGAAGCUUGAAAUAGAAUCUGUUGUAUUGAUGGAUGAUGCUUACAUACAGAAAGGUUUUCAAAUCAAUGACAUCCUAACAGACAGUGAUCCUCAUAUUUAUACUUCUACUCCUGUAGAAGAACCUACCAAAACUUAUUUACUGUAUGUAGGCUCCAGCCCGUCUCAUUUGGAACCAGCAUGGGAGGAUAUGAAUUCCUGGUACCAAGUGCAGAGGCAGACCAAAGUACUGUCUUUGAUGAAGCAAAGAGGCAUUUCUAGCAGAUAUAUACCACAUAUGGCAUCUUCUGGGCGGGUCAUCCAUCCAGGCACAUGCAAUAAGCCUAACUCAAAUGGAAAUUGUGGUCAUCCAUGGUGCAGUACUCCAAUUCUUGUCACCUCACCAGAUGGUCAGACCAUUUCAAAUCUGAUACGGAAUGGAUUGUUCGGUGUUGAGGAGGCACUGAGAUGUUGCCAUGACUGUUUAUCCGCUCUUGCUGCAGCAGCAUCUGCAGGAGUCCGUCACAGUGAUAUCCGGCCAGAGAAUGUGAUCCGUGUCAGUAAUGGUUGA